AUGCCGGCCCUUCUAGCUAGGCAGAACGACGAUGUGGCAGAAUUGAUACGAUUUCUUCGAGAAUCUCGCAAAGUUCACCUCCCCGCGGCCUUGGAAUUGUCGAAAACUCCAGGUCCAAACCUUUUACAUCAGAUUCGCGAGCUCUCGACGUCUCUUGAUCAACAUGGGCGACCGAGGGAAGCGGAAGCUUUCCGCGAUCUCGUGAGGCACUGUCUCAACUCGACUGACUUUGGGGGGCUGGGUCUAGAUAUCGAUCAACCAUUGAGCCGAGACGAAACGGCACAGGUUGUCUUCCUCGCCUCGGCAUACUUGGAGGCAUUGAACUCGGUUGACCGGUCCAGAGAGCCUGCAACACCAUUGACGCAGCGCCCUGCCGGCCGCAGGGGAAUGACCUUAGCUGAGAAGAUCUUUGCAGCUCAUGACGUGGAAAGGAGUGGAGAAGUCAAGCCAGGAGAUGUCAUUCGUGUAGACGUCGACUGGGUCAUUGCCUCUGAGCUAUCAUGGUCCGGCAUGGCUUCAACCUAUGAUGACUUUGGGAAGCCAGGCGUCUUUCGAAAUGACCGAAUCUGGCUCGCAGGGGACCACGUCGUUGAUCCCAGAAUCAUGGAUCACCCCAAGAUCAAGCCGCUUGUGGAGGCAAGUGAAAAGGCCCGCAAAGUGUUCAAGAUGACCGAGUACCAAGGAAUGAACUACACCAUCAUGCAUACCGAGUUCUGCCGUGAGCGGGCGCAGCCGGGUAUGCUCAUCAUCGGCUCUGAUUCGCACACAUGCUCGGCCGGCUCAGUGUCCGCGCUGGCGAUUGGCAUGGGAGUGGCCGAUGUGACCAUGCCGCUGGUGCUUGGGCAAACCUGGUUCAAGAUUCCAGAGACGGUUGAGAUCCGAUUCAUCAACCGGCCCAAGCCGGGCUUAGGAGGCAAGGAUGUAAUCUUGUACGUUCUCAAGGAGCUGAAGCGCAACACUGUGGCAGCAGACCGCGUGGUCGAGUACACAGGGCCUGGAGUCAAAUACCUAUCAUGUGAUGCGCGCUUUGCCAUAGCCAACAUGACUACAGAAUUUGGAGGCGUGUCUGGCAUAUUCGUACCUGACGCGAUCACCACAGACUUUAUUAAUCGCAGAAAACACCCAAAGUACAGGAAACAUGCAACGUACUAUCAACCUGACGAGGAUGCCGAGUACGCUGAGACUCAUAUUAUAGACCUCGACAAGGUGGAAUCCUUCGUCGCCCGGUACCCAAGCCCUGACGACGUCGUGCCGGUUGCUGAUGUGGCCGGCACCAAGCUAGACGGGUGCUUCAUUGGUGCCUGCACGACGGCAGAAGAGGAUCUCAUCCUUGCUGCUCUAGUUUUGAGGGCUGGUUUGGAACUAGGCUUGAAACCUGUGUCUCACGGGAAGCGCAAAGUCAGCCCCGGGUCACGACCAAUCCUAUAUAAUCUAAAGGCAAAAGGGCUACUGCAGAUAUAUGAGGAAGCUGGAUUCGAGAUUGGUGUUCCGGGAUGCAGCUACUGUGUCGGCAUGGGCGCAGACAAGGCCGGCAAAGGCGAGGUCUGGCUUAGCAGCCAGAACCGCAACUUUGAGAAUCGCAUGGGUCCUGGCGCUAUCGGCAGUAUAACUUCUGCCGUGACGGUGGCAGCAAGUAGUUUCUCCAUGCAGACGACUGAUCCUAGAGAAUUAUUGGACAAAAUAGAUAUGAAAGAGCUCAAGCAUCUGCUAGGGACCAAGACGGCUCCUCCUCAGAGCAUCACAUAUGUCCACCCUGCUUCCGAGGCCAAGACGACUGAAGCUCAUGACGUUCAAGCUCCCAUAUCUACUACAUCCCAAGAAGCCAACGCGGAUGUACGGCGUGCUCAUGCUACCACCAUUAGCGGCAAGGUGCACAAACUCGAAGAUUUUAUUGACACUGACGCACUCGCCCCUGCGGAAGUAAUCAGGCCCGACGUGACUCAGGAGGAGCUAGGAAACGGUUGCCUGAAGUACACACAUCCAGGAUUCGCACAGCGUGUCAAGGAUGGUCGCAAUAUCGUCGUCGCCGGCAAGGCGUUUGGCGUUGGAAGCUCGAGGGAGAAUGCAGUGGCCGCGUUGCAAGCAGCGGGCGUGCAAGCUGUGAUUGCAAAGUCAUUCGCGUUCAUCUAUGGUCGGAACCAGCCAAAUCUUGGCAUGCUCGGUUUCGUCAUCACAGAUGAAAAGUUCCACGAACUGGCUCAGGAUGGAGAACAGAUUGUGAUUGACAUGGAGCGCCGCAAAGUCCUCGUGGCCGGCCAAGAAUUUGUAUUUCAGUUGAGUGACUUGGAGUGGCAACUGGUUAAGAUAGGUGGCAUGACCAACGCGUUCCGUCUGUGGGGGAAGAAUGUGUUGGAAACAAUGACCGGUCAAAAGACGCCAGCUCAUACUGUUUCCGGGGUCCUAGAACGGGACUCAUCUGCUGAGGCAAUGCAAUGGUAA